CGUCAAUGUCUGCAAUCAAAUGAAAGGGACAGGGAUGGCUCGUAUCUCUGGACUCGUGUCUCUCAUUCUUGCGACACUCAAAGCCGCCGACAUUAUUAACGCACUCUUCUGUCUUGACAUCGCAUGUGUGGGUCUUUUCAUCGCAUUCGUCGACAUCAAUACAAUCCCUGCCAUCGGUCGCCAACUGAUAGCCUUUGAAACACGAGCACCGGACGGGUCCCACAUCGGCCCCGGGAUCGUAACAGUUAUGGGCACAGGGAGAUCUUUGACGGUUUCGUUGGCGGCAUUCGUGACAAUCGCUGUAUUAAUUGCGGAACAGUUUUCAUGUCUCUUAGCGAAGGCCUUUCCCUCUUCGCAAUUACGGCUUCGAUGCUCUUUCAGACAACAGAUCUGCACAACGAGUUCGCAUUGUUUCCUAUACUCAGUGUUUGUGAUCAAUCUGUCAAACGUUGUGUUACCGAAAACACAACCGCCGGUCGGCAUCUGUUUGGCCCGAUUUGUGCCCAAAUCGCAGCACUUUUCGAAAGUUUAUAAAACUCAAACAAUACCAUCAUAUCUGUUGACUCCAAGACCAGUGCCUAAAAGUGAUUUGCGUAAAACAAUCCGAUGUUACAGUCCGUCCAAACCCGAGGGUAUGCCUCAAGAUGUCUACGAGAAGUACAAGAUCUCGAGCCGAUACCUCUCGGAUCAGGACAGACGCACCUUCUGGCAAAAGUUUGCCAAAUGGUGGCAAAAUGUCUUCGAGACCCCGACCACAACUCCUGCCCCUCCGACACCAUCUCAUCAACGGCUCAACAAAGAUAACAAAUUGAUUUGUGUUGAAUAUGACGAGACAAAUGGUGUCAAAAGAACUACAAGAAUAUAUGAAAUCGAUAUGACUUCCACUGUAAAGCCAAUCAAUGAAUUGAUUACAACACUCUCUCCCUCUCCAAAGACCACAACUAAAGCGACGACACUUUUAUUGAAGGAAAACGAUAACAAAGUGGUGACGAGUGGAUCUGUUUACUCGAGUGACAGCACACCCUUUGAUCCGAGCUCUGGACCGAAGGACAAGAAUCAGAUGAUGCCUGAUAUGGAUCAGAAAGCGAGGACUAAUUUGAAUAUAAAAAUGGAGAUUAAAAAUAACCAUGAUGAUGAUGAUAAUACCUAUGUUAAAACUGAUUAA